AUGGAUUCAAGCAAGGGAGUGUCCGGGAUAGGCUUUGACUAUGACACCGGGUUGUUUCAGGCACCUGACGAGUGGUGGGACAAGAUGGAAUCAAUCAACAAGGCGGGUGCGAAGUUCAGGAAAAAAACUUUGGAAUACCGUGACUUGAUGGAGACGGUCUUCAUGGGGGCAUCAGCUACUGGGAAACAUCAUUGGACCCCGGGAGAGAACCUUCCCGAACUUACUGAGGACUCAUCUGAUUCAGUGCGUAGUUUGGGAGCCCAGCCAUUUGCUGAUCCGAUACCCGCAGGAGUACAGGACGUGGAUUCUGAUACUUCACUGGAGCAUGUUCCGAUUGAAAAGGUAAAAAGGAGAAAGACGCCAUCAACAAGUGUUUCAAAGUCGAAGAAGGGAACAAGUGGUGCGUCCGUUGUUGCGGAAAGCAUGAACAGAAUGACAGAUGUGGUGCGUUCGAAGAAUCAGCAGGUCACGGUGAGGCACUUCACAGGCAACGAAUUGCUGUACACUAUUUCCGAGUGCAUGCAUAAACUGAGCAGUAUUCCAUCCCUGAUUGGUACACCGUUAUUCCACUUAGCCUCCACACUUAUGGAUAACGCCGAUUACCGGGAGGUCAUGAUGUGCCAGCCUGAUGACGACCACAUCAUUGGAUGGCUUACACAGAAGUAG